AUGGUCCGCUCUCGACAUUAUCUCAUCCUACUAUUUUUAAGCCUCAUUAAAACAGCUGCUUCACUGGAAUUAAGCUUCCCCAACUUUACAACCUACGAUGACCGACUUCAAUUAACCAGAGUAUCAAUCAUCCUGGGAUCUGUCUACGGUUUAAGCCUCUUCCUCCAGUUGAUCUUCCCAUGUCUACCCCUGAAGCUACUGAUCAUCAUGGCGGCAAUCAUUCUGAACCUAAUCACCUACUACGCCUUCCACAAUCACCAUUUCUUCUGUUUUUCAACUAAGAGCAAUCAACACCUGGUGGCACCAGCAGCUUAUAUGAUCUACUACCUCCCGGUACACAUCGCAAGCGUGUGUUUCCAAUGUGAUAAAAGUCAAUUCCAAAAAGUGCUACCUUAUGCCUUUGUUACCUCUGUACUGAUUAUUUGUACUGGUAUAUUGAACGGGUAUAUACUAUUCAUGCUAACACCUUUAAACUGGUCAUACUUCCGGAUGUAUAUUUUUGGAGUGUCCACGUGCUCCAGUCAACCAGACCCACUUUCCUACUCAUUGAAGAACAAAAGUUUCAUUAAGUUGAACCGGUUAUCCAAAGGAGAAUAUAUUGGUACCAUGUUACUCUGUAUGACAAUUGUGGAAAUGUAUAUUGAUGGUAAGAUUGGCGGUUGGAACAGUUUACUGGUAUUUGUCACUGUGGAGACUGUGUUGGCAAUGGCUAUGGGUCUCAUUGUUGGUUGCAUAUUUGCCUGUACACUUGGUUUGACCAAUGAUGAUGCCAAGAGCUGCUUUUUGAUCAUUAUGUGUAGUAUGGUAUGUGUAUACUACGCUGCGAUCUGCAUUGGUGCUUCACCAUACGUUGCUGUGUUCAGUAUGGUCCUACCAUUGUACAGAUACAAAAAUUUCUUCUCCCAAGAUGCAAAUGAAGCAAUCCAGGAGUUUUUCAACAUGUCCCACCUUUUGAUUGAUCUGUUAAUGUAUGCCUACUGCGUGCAUCUUGCUAUUUUCAUCCUGAUGCAUGAGAAGAACUUCAAUAACGUCAGAAUCAGUUAUUCUAUCUUCGGAUUUUGUUGUAUGUUCUUCUCAAGAAGUUUGAUUUAUCUGUGUUUGUCCCCGGUGAUUAAAAGAAUGUCCAUGUCUUUGGAUACUGUUGUUAUUGUGGUCAAUGCUUGGGCUACCAUCACUUCAAAUGUGGCGUUUGUGAUAAGUUUUAUGUUUUACUUCCAAGAGAAAACCAAAGAAUUUGGUGUGAUUAUUCUGUGUCAAGUCUGCUUUAGUGCUGUGUGUACAAACAUCAUCAAUCCAGUGGCGUUGGAAUUCUUGCGAAGAAAUAAAUUCUCUAGUAAUUUCACUACAGAUCAAGCAGCUAAUAUUCAUACAUGUUUACAUGAAAUAAGAUCUUUGAGAGUGAAAUAUAUCUACAUGUGGAAAAUGAAGGGAAUUAUGACUGAUGCAAGAUGGGAUAUGAUUAAAAACUUUACUAAUAUUUUUCAUACAUCUAAACGCGAUUCAAUUGGAGACUUAAUGUUGAAGAAGAAUGUAACAUGUCCUGAUUGUGGAAGAGAGAUUCAAGUACAACAACCGAUCAAAGACGUUUCGGAUUUCGCUAAAUUAUCAAGAAAAUUGAUAAAAAACCAAAUGAAAACAAUUUUGACGCGUCGUCAUCAAUUUGGUGUAAUUUCCACGGCAGCCAUGAAGAAAUGCAUGAAAACUGUUGAGAGAUGUUUGACAUUUGACAAACACAUUCAACAUGAACUAUUUCAGCCUUAUAUGAACCUAGGGUGUGUCAAAGGGAAAAUUUACCAAUGGGAACAACAUAUUUUCAGCAAAUAUGAAUUUCUAAAACGCGUUCCUCGCAAACCAACAAGAGCACUUUAUUAUAAAUUUGUGAGAUCUACAUCCUUUACCUAUGUAGUUUUCAGUUUAACAAUCUACUCCGUGACAAUGUUAAUCCUGUCAAUGUUCAUCACUUCUCUUCACUCAGUCUAUUUCUAUACAGUUAUGAGUUUAUCAAAAGUUUAUAUCUUUGUGAUGAUUUUUCAGAUGUAUAUCUUUAUUUAUAUCUAUUCGGUGUUUUCAUGUCGUCAGGGGGCAAAGUGUUACUUCAAAUCAACCUGGCACUGCAUAGAAUCAUUUUCAUUACUGUUUUCUUUGAUUGAUCUCGUUCUUAUUCUAGUAUUGUAUGCUUUAAAUGAUAUCGACACUUGGCACACGUAUAAAUACGUCAGAUUAAUACAACUUGUUGAAGUACUUUCUGCUUUUAAGACUUCAAUGCCCAAAAUUAUCUAUAGUAUGGAAGAUAGUUUGGUAGGGCGUAUUUCAUUGGGUUAUGAAGUAUCUAAAGCUAUCUACGAUGCUUAUUCAGAGUUGGAAUUAAGUAUGGACUUCAUUUUUGAUGAUAAUGUUCGUAUGGCUUCCGAGUGUGAAAAGUGGGUGCGUGAAGAUAAGCAUCAGUUGUUUGAGAUUUUUACACAUUUUCAAUAUAAUUAUCCAAAUAUUACUCGGAGUGUGAAGACUAAACAAGCAAUGAAUGCUACCAUGACUGUUUUGGGUCUGACAUUAAAAGAAAUCAGAGCUUCUGGUUAUGUGGACGCAAAAGAAUAUAAUACUAUGAAGAUGCAGCUUAGAAGUUGUGAGAAACGUGGUAAACAACUCGAGAAAACGUGGCAGCAAAUUAGUCCCAAAGAUAUCUUUCGAAAUGUGUUUUGGGUCAGUCUUACACAAAUUGAAAUGCAAGAUUAUUUGCUAUCAGUGUGUACUUUGAAGACACUAGAAACAGGAGAAGUUCUUUGUAGUACAGGAGAUCAUUUAGAUGGAGUUUAUAUUAUACUAUCAGGAAUGUUAAAAUUGGACUACAACCCAUCUCCAGAAAUAAUUAAUAAUCUGUUAAAACAUGGACUUAUUCCAGUUUUUAAAUACUGCGAAUCGCUGCAAUUUUUCGAUCAAGUUGAACAUAUCCUCGUGGUGGGUAACAGUGUUGGUGAAAUGGCAAUCGCCACAAAUCGACAGAUUGAUAUCACUGUCACUGCUUGCAAACCAACUAAACUAUAUUAUGUCAACAAAGAAAGUAUACACACAGCUGAAGUAUUCCGUCGUGACCCGAUUAAUGGACUAAUAGCGCAGAUGUGGAAGAUGACUUGCUUUAAUAUCUCGACGGCCAUUUUGAAAUCACUGCCUAAAUAUGAAUUCUAUACGCAGCAUGAUAUCAAAUUGAAAGUUGAAGGAUCUUUUGUUCCUGAUUUAUCCAACUACAAAGUGUUUACGUUUUUGGACGCAAUUGAUGAUUUGAUACUGUUGCAUGGUAUUAUUAAAGAUUACCAUAGCAGUAUGUAUUAUGUGGCACCAUGUUACAUACCAAGGUCUGUAAUUAAGUUCUACAUGCAUCAGACGAACAUAAGCUACGAGUUAGCACCGAUGGAGUUUGUUGAAAGCAAGUUGAUGAUUAUUCCAAUGCAAGAUAUUGAUAAAUAUGCAGUGAUGAAGUUGGAGAAUCAAGUUGCUGAGUUGUAUUCUACGAAAAUAAAAGAUAUACAAUUUGCUGCCGAUGAGGGAGAAAUAAAAUUACAGGAAACCGGAAUGCAAUUGGCUGGACUUGCCGCCAUGAAGUCAGUGACCCAAGGAUCUCAUCUUACGAAGUUUAUCAAUUUGAAGAAAUAAGUUGCAAAUUGCACCAAAUAAGUACACAGAACAAGGAUUACGUGGAAUAAGUAUUUCCGGAUUUUAUUUUCUUACAAAAUUACAAACAUGUAACGAACUUACUUUACUUACCUAACAGACUCAGAUUCAACGAUUUACGCAACUGCGCUCAUUUUAUGUUGACACACCUCAGCAGAAAUCCGCGUAGAUGUAUCAAUGUACUUGAUGAAUAACUCUUUCAACAAUACGUACUCCUUAAAAAUAAAAAUGUUUUCAACAAUAACAUAAUCACAUCAAAAUUAAACUGAAAAUGUAAUUGGAACAAA